AUGAGUCACAUAACCCACUCCUUUGUUCCUCCUCAGAUUGUCAUCGGUAGGGAUGAUGAUAAAAAACAGAUUAUAAAUCUUUUGAUGCAGCAAGAUGCUGAUAGAAAUGUCAGUGUAAUUCCUAUAGUUGGUUUUGGAGGUUUGGGGAAAAGCACACUUGCCAAGUUGGUAUAUUACAAUGAAGGGGUAGUUAGUCAUUUUCAAUUGAGAAUGUGGGCAUGUGUGUCUGAGGAUUUUAACGUUACAACUCUAAUACAAGAAAUCCUUAAAUUUGCAAAUGUUACAAUUGAUGAGAAUUUGUGCAUAGAUCAGUUGCAAAUUCACUUAAGAGAACAUAUAAAAGAUAAUAAAUUUCUUCUUGUCUUGGAUGAUGUUUGGAAUGAGGAUGAUAACAAAUGGAGUGAACUGAUAGGUCUGUUACUUGGUGGUUGCAUUGGAAGUAAAAUUAUAGUGACAACACGAAAUAGCUCUGUUGCUAUUAUUACAGGCAUAACUCCCACAUACGACCUAAAAGGUCUACCCCCAAAGGAUAGUUUGUCUUUGUUUGUGAAAUUUGCAUUUAAGGAAGGACACGAUCAAUAUCCAAACCUCUUAGAAAUUAGAAAAGAAAUUGUUAGAAAAUGUAAAGGGAUCCCAUUGGCAAUAAAGACUAUAGCUAAUAUACUUUAUUCAAAAGUUGAUGAAGAUGAGUGGAAAUUUGUGAGAGAUAACGAGAUAUGGAAUUUAUAA